AUGCAGGUCCCGGGUGGCAGCGCAGACGACGGGCUCAGGACUACCUUGCAGCAGAGCGGCAAGAUGGUUCAGAACGAAUACGACCGUCACUUCGCGAACUUAGGUCCCAGGUUUGCUCAGGGCGACUUGGUGGCCCAAACCCAGAUUCAGAGCCAGAUAUCAUUCUUCUCCAAGGCAGCGUCAUCAAACUCCUCGAGGAAGCCCUCCUUACCGGCGGGAUGCCCGACAUCAACUGUCUCUACAAUAUCUCCGAGUUUGCAGGUGACGGAAGCAUCCGAGCACUUCAGGGUAUUACUGACAAUAUCAACGCCUGUUGGAAUCGGCGCCGAUACCGCGACGACCAAGAGGCCCUGUCAGGAAGACCUCGUCCACUCCCUCGCUCCGGGAGGACUCAACGACCUCCGGCUGAAGCUAAUUACCCGCGGUCUCAACAGAACCCACCGAGCAACAGCGACACCAGUCCCUUACAUUGCCGCUAAUAUACCCAAGAAGCGCAACAUGUUGCUUGAAGGUCAUUGGACAGCUUUGUUGCCACCGAGCACACGUCGACGGUUUGCACGGCAUGUGGUGCGGCAUUUGGCGGGCGAGAGGGAGAAGGUGGUUGUCGGUCUUGGAGGAGAUGGUGAGUCUGAGGCCAUCAUGGUCCGGACGUUCCUCUUGACCAGGCGCUUCAUCUUCAAGUGUCCUCGGGAAAGGCCCGGCAUAGCCGAGUACGAGGGCGACUCGGACAUCAGAGAACUGAAUCAGACUCUGCCUUUUUGGUAG